UAAUAACAGUAAUAAUAAUAAUAAUAAUUACUACUAUAGUAAUAAUAAUAAUAAUGUAUCCUUAAGAUUUCCUUCAAAUAUUAAAGAGAAUAGUAAUAAUAAACUUACAUUAUUAAAAGAAGAUUUAAUGAAUAAAAAAAAUGAAAAAAUUUUAAAAAUUAAAUGUUUAAUAGCAAUUUAUAGUGAUUCAAUAGCUGGUGGUCCAUUUCAAUCAUAUUUAGAAAGGAAAGAUCUUGAAAAACAAAAUCGAAUACUUGGAUUUUUACAAGCGAUAAAUGAUUAUUCUAGACACAAUUUAAGUUUAAUGGCUAAUCGUUUUACUAAACUAACAAAAAUUUGGUAUAUUGUCAAUAAUUUUCUAAGAUCAACCAGUCGUUGGUGUAUAGAUAUUGAUUCAUCAUUAGUGAAAUCAAUCAUUGAAGUAAUUCAAAUCAAAAAAGAUACAACUCCUGUUGAAAUAUUUGACACAGUGAAAAAUAUUUGUUUAGAUGAAAUCUAUCCAUUUUGGAUUGAAUAUAUGAAAUAUGAUGCUUUUCAAUUUUUUUGUGCUGCACAUAAAAGUAAAGAUGAACAUUAUAUGAUACCCAAGUCACCGGAUGAUUUUGACAUACUCUUGGAUGAGAAUUCUAACUUAGUAGUACGACGUAAACCAAUAGAAAUUCCACCAAAUAGUACAUCAACUGAUCAAUUGAAACAUUCACAUAGUUGGGAUCAUUUAACACCUUCUGAAAAAGAAGAACGUAUUCGAAUGAAAUUAGAACAAGUUAGAAUAACUGAAAAAGAACGAAAAAAAGCUAUUCUAGCUGCACGAAGGCGUCAACGUGAAGCAUUAAAACCUAAAAAACAAGAUAGUUCGGUAUCAGGAUUAGUUAAAUUAACCGAGUCUAAUGAAGAAAUUAAAAUAAUAAAACAAACAGUAAAUCAAAUGGAAUUACAAUCAAAAAGAAGAUCAAAUCAAAUAGUGUUCAAUUUGAAAUUUAUGCUUGAUAAUAAAUUAUUAAUUUCAUUAUUUCAUGAAUGGAUCAAACUAUUGGAUAAAUCAGAAAUCAAUAAUAAUAAUAAUAAUCCAUCAAAUCAUUUAGCAUUUAUAUUAGAAGUAAAUCAAUAUUUAAUCAUGUCGAAAAAUCAAUUAAAUAUAGAAAAACUUAAAUAUCGAAUCAAUAAAGCAAAUUAUAUUUAUAAUAAUUAUCUACGUAUCUCAUGUGAAAAGCCAAUAGAAUUGCCAGAAAAGUUUAUCAAACGAUUAGAUCAAGAAAAAGAUCGUCCAACAUCAGCUACAUUAAAAGGUCUCCGAGAUCAUCAUUUAAACAACCUUGAUUCCUUAUUUAAUGAAUUUUUAAAUGUAACAGCUGAAAAGCUUGGUUUAUCAGUGUCCCAACUUUGUCAAAUGCCUGAAAUAGACUUAGCCCCAUUAGUUGUAACUCCAAAAACAUUUAAUCAGACUAUGGAAACAAAACAGAAAUUUUCUAUCAAAAUGAGACCAACAUUAGAAGAUAAAGAAGAAUUAACAAAAUUAUUAAAACAAGCUGCUUUUCAACCGCUUGAUUUUAAAUUAAUACUAUUCUAUCAAUAUUUAGUUGAUUAUGGAUAUAAAGAAAAUUGUCCAUUCAUUGAUCAAGAUUUUAUAUUUCAUAUUGAAAUUUUACGUUUUGAAGAACUUCAUCGGGGUCAUGUUGAACACAAUUUAAUAAAGAAGAAAGUUUUAUGUAUUUUACAAACAUUUUUAGAAUCCGUUUGUCCACCACAAAUUCAAAUUGGUCUACCAAAUGAAGUUAUUAAUCGAUUAGUUGGAAGAAUACAUCGUCAAACUGAUCAUAAAGGUCCAAUAAGUUUAAAUUUAUUUGAUGAAGCAGUUAGGUUAACUUUCAAUGAAAUUUUACCAUUUUGGGCUGGAUUCAAAAAAAAUAUUUUAUGUAAAUCAGCCAGUACACAAUCACGAAUUCAGUCAACAAUGAAAUCAAACAACCAGCAAAUACAUGGAACACCUUGGCUGUCUAGUCCAUUGACUUACAAGUAUCAUCAGGUAUUAGAAAACCGUUUAAAAUUACAUCAAGAUUGGCAGUUACCGUCAAUAGAAGUACAACUUCCCAAUAUGCCACAUGAUAAGGAGAUGAAUUCUUUUACUUAUUCAAUACGAAAAGGUGUAGAUUGGCAAAAUGUUGGACAUUAAUCACCUAAUAUAUCCGACUGUUUUACUUGCAUCAUGGUAACAAAUUAGAUUAUCAGAAUGACGUCUAAAAUCGUUUCAUAUAACUGAUAUUUUUUAUAAACAAAGUUAUAUUAUAGAUAAUUAAGAUAACCCAUUGUGUCAUCAAAUAAAAAUAGAGAUAAUUCAGCUAUGAAAAUUUUCCUUUCGACAAAAUCAUUUACUUAAGCUGCAUAUUCGUAUUUAUAGUUGUAUAGUAACAUUCACUUGUAAAAAUAUUCUGUCUUGGUAUAUUGAUGACCUUUGUGACUAAAGGAAACUUAAAACUGUAUAAAAUUUAUAAGUUCAAGAUUCAUGUAAACGAUCUGAAAAAUAAAUUUGAGUCG